UUUUAGGCUAUUUAUUUUUAUUUAUUCUUUAUUUAUCUUCUUUUUCCAAAUGUUUUUGUUUCCACACUCCUCUUUCUCAUACCUGUCUCCUUUUCUCUUAAUCAUCCCACUGCCUUUCUCUCUAUCAUUCUAUCUCACCGACUCCAACCCUCUAUUAUCCUUUGACAACCAAGUCAGAGAGGUACACCUCUACACAGAAAAUCACAGAAGAGGGAUGUAUCUGCAGAUGAACCUGGAUGGCAGAGUGUCAGGAAGUGAUGCUCAGACACCUUACAGUGUGCUGGAGCUGAAAUCAGUUAAACCAGGCCACAUAGCCAUCAAGGGACAGUCAUCAUCUCUGUUUCUCUGCAUGGACAGUGAAGGCCGUUUGAGGGGCCAGGGCCAAUACUCAGAUGCUGACUGCGCCUUCAGAGAACUGCUGCUGGCAGACGGAUACACCCGCUUCCUAUCUUCGUACCACAGAUUUCCUGUGUCUCUUGCAUCAAGACAUUCCCCAGAUCGACACUCAGUCCCCUUUACUCGAUUCCUACCGCUUAGGAAUACUCUGACAGUGGAGAGUGUGUCUGAACAGCCACCAAAUGACCAGAGAUAUUUCAACAUGGACUCUGAUGAUCUUCUUGGAAUGGGUCUUAAUAUGGUCAGUCCUCAGUUGUCAGUGGACAAGUAA